AUGGAAGACUCGCUCAAGUAUGCAGAAGAGGUCAAUCCAAACCUUUUCUGCUCAAUAUGUCGAAUGCCAUUUAUUGACCCGUAUACUACCACAAAUUGUCAUCACACCUUCUGCUUCCUAUGCAUCAAGGAAGCCACUUCUAUCGCUCCACAAUGUCCUAUGUGUCGCUGUCCCACCUCUAUCGCGUCGUUGAUUCCAGCACCAAUCAUCAUUCGUCAGAUGGUUGAUGAGCUCCUCGUCGUCUGUCCCCACGCACGAGAUGGGUGUCUCGCCACUCCCCAGCGCUGUCUGAAGGACGCGCACCUACGCGAUUCAUGCCAAUACGCGCUCGAAAAAUGCACCGGACUGGGGUGCGACGUCACUCUCAUGCGGAAGGACAUGGCAGAUCACCGCGAGUCCCAUUGUUCCGACGCUCCGGUCGAGUGUGACGCGUGUCACGAGCAAGUGCGACGCGGCUUAUUGCUACAACACCAGCAAACAGAGUGCAGAGGCGCGGAAGUACCCUGCCCUGCAUGCGAGACGCUCCUCGUCCCAGCGGAUAUGCAAGCCCAUCUCGCCCUAUGCCCAGACGUGACGAUCCCCUGCCCGCAAGCGGCUUUCGGCUGCCCAGUCGUGCUCCCGCGUUGCGACAUGCCCUCGCAUACCGCCUCCUGCGCAUACGACAAGCUCAAGGGUUUCUUCUCCGUCUUCGAGCGCAAGAUGGACGACCUCAAGCUGGAAAACGAGCAGCUGCGCAGGCGGGUGUUUGAACUGGAAACGAAAGUGGCCCAUUCAGAGGCAGCGCAGCAGGAGCUGGAGACGAGUGUGGGCCGCGCACUAGGACCAUGGUUCAGAGUCAGCGGGCCGGAACCGUAUCCUCUCGUGUGGCAGGAUCACGAGGAGUACCGGAACAGCAUCAGCGUGUUCUCCCGUUCGGGCACGCCGUACGAGCGGUUGUGGAGCGAUCUUGAGAUGCCAACAUCUCCCUUGCACGCUAGUCAACCCCAAUCGCCAGUCCAAAUACAACAGGCUCUAUUGCCUCUACAACCCCAGCCGCAGUCGGUAUCGGUAUCCCCAACAAUGCCCUACCCGGCCUCAUACCUUCCUCCUCCCUACCCGAUGAACAUGGUCCCAUCCUCCCAGUUCCACACUCCCCCCGCGCCGACCGUCCCUCCCGUCUCUCCCUCGUCAGGCGGUCUCGCCGCCGCCCUCGCAGCGCUGCACGGCGGGCUUAUCCGGCUGAGCUCAUACGUCGAAGCCCAAAGCAGGAGGAACGAGAUGCGCCUGCAAACAGAGUCGCUCACGAUCCGCGAAGAAGUAGGAGAGAUGCGCAGUAUCCUCCACGGCCUGCGGCUGCAGGUUCACUCCUCCCUCUCCCGCCCGCAACCGAUCCUGCAAGCAGCAUCCCGUCUCUCCAGCCUACUCUCUCCUCUCACAAGCGGGGAGCAGACCACCCCAUCCGCAGUCCUAUCAGACAGUCCCAGUCCAACGAGGCCCGAUUCGCCUAUCUACGUACUCGAUACCGCACGCGGGUCGUUGAGGGAAACGACGAUUGGCGAGCCUCGAGACCCGAAUGAUACGAGCUCGAUGACGGUCGUUAGGCCUGAGCGGCCGGAGAGGAUGGCAAGCCGCUCGGCGCUGGGAAGGGUCAAGGGGGUGCAUAUGCAUACUGUUAGUAGGGUUGAUGGGAAGCUGUGA